CCCUUGGUAAAAAUACCGUCUCCCUCAGCCAGCGGUGAGCAGCAGCACAGUUUACGGUUGGCUAAGUCUCUGGCAGCUGCCAACUUUCCUAGGAAACACAUACAAUAACAAACCAGGUAGAUGUGCCGUAGCUCCAUUGCUUGCUGGGCUAAGGGAUCAUUUCUUGGUAUAUUCAGACUGCUUUUUCAAGCACAUGCGGGUAGAUGGUGGCUAUUUGAGGCUGGUAAUUGUUGUCAGCGGUGAAAUUGGAUCUUUGACUAAUAUACUGCCUUGGCUUAGAACUGAGCUUGGGACCAUUGUCUGUGCCAUAAUAAGUUGGAUAACAAGGACAUUCGGGAAGUGGUUUUGCAGGCUGCUACUACCCUAAGCUUCUUCAAUGGUGCAUCAGACACAUGUAGAGCAGGAGCAUUGGUUCAUCAGUGGUAGACCAGCUAAACAAAUAUAUCUACAUUUAUACUUGUGAUUUAUAUUGAGUGUUUUAGGAAUGCUGUUGGCCUUGAGAGUCUCAGUCUGCAAAGAACUUAUCUAUGGCUGGUAUAUUAACGGCAACUUGAGGAUCAUUGUCUGAGAAAUUAAUCGGAGUGUAAUUGACUGGAGUUUGGUGAACUUGACAAGUUUUUGAAAAGCAAUCUCUCAUUAGGGUUAUCUUUCAUGCUCUGAGGGAUAUCUUUGUCAGAUUUAACUAGCUGACCUAUUGGAGACAUGGUCAGUAUAUAAGAGACCUUUACAAGCAAAUACAUAGAGAGUAGCUGCCAAUUUUCAGGUGUGAAGCACCAAAAGUCAACAAGCGGUUUUGUUUAACAUUUUGAAAUACCUGUGAACAAUCUCACAAUUACAAGACAGAGAUGGCCGAUGAAAACGAAAAGUCUGAAAAGUCUCAGCAAGGCAGUCAGAAUGGCGAUGGUGAAGAACUCGUAGGUAGCAAUCCCACACAGAGAAACUGGAAGGGGAUCAUCUUGGCUCUGUUGGUUAUUGCCAUCAUCCUUGGACUCAUAGUUCUGGCAGUGAUUCUGGUGAUGCCAAAGGAUGAAUACGUGCCACUUGGUGAAAAGUUUUCUUUACAAGACAUUUUUGAUCCAGACUACCAGCCCAAGAAACAUUAUGUGCAGUGGCUUGGAGAUAGGGACAUUUAUGCAUACAGAGAUGGGUAUGGAAACUUACGAAAGCAUGAAGCAGCUAAUAAUAGAUCAUUCAUGCUUUUGGAAAACACAACAUUUAGAAGACUUGGUGCUGAGAUAUUCUAUGUUUCUGAAGAUUUACAAUAUGUCCUCCUAGCAUACAAUGUGAAGAGGCAAUUCAGACAUUCCUUCCUGGGGCAAUAUAUGAUUUACUCCACGCGAGACCCUAGCAAAUCCUAUAAACUAGAACCUGUGGGUCACCCAGAUGCUAGGCUGCAGUAUGCUGGCUGGUCUCCAAAUGGCCACCUUAUUUCCUAUGUUUACAACAACAACCUGUACUACGUCUCCGAUCCAGAGAAUGUGGUCAGCACGACACGGCAGCUGACGCAUGAUGGGGCACCUAAUCUCAUAUACAAUGGCAUUCCAGACUGGCUUUAUGAAGAGGAAAUCCUGAGGAGUAACAAGGCCCAUUGGUGGUCCCCUGGAGGCACCUACAUUGUCUAUGCUGCCAUCAAUGACAGCAAUGUUCCAGUGUAUCACUACCCUGUGUUUGGAGGGGGCAGCAACUUGUAUGGAGACAUCAAUGGCAUACCUUAUCCUAAGGCUGGUGAUCUGAACUCCAACAACAAUCCCACAUUCAAGCUGAAGGCUAUAGAACUGUCCACCCAGAAGACAGAGGAACUCAUUCCUCCUCCACACCCAGCAUUCAAAGAUAAGCAGUAUUACUUCACCACCGUCAGUUGGAGAGACAAUGUGAGAGUGAUGGUGUCCUGGAUGAAUCGAGCUCAAAACUUCACCAGCCUCACUGUCUGCUAUACCUACAGUGGCAACUGCAGUGUGAACUUAAAUGAAGAAGUAAAGCAAGGAAAAGGCUGGGUGGACAUUUAUACUCCGCCAUUGUUCUCUGCCAGCGGGGAUCGCUACUUUCUCAUUCUCCCAGAUAGAUACAGCACUGAUAGCUACUUCAGAAAUGUGGCUGAAGUGGCAGCACCAAUACGUCAGAAGGGUGAGAAGAGGUUCUUGACCAGCACAGAAUGGGAUGCUACUGAAAUACUGGCUUAUGAUGACAGGCAAAAACUUAUUUAUUUCCUAGGCACUGGAGGAGACUCACGUAAGCGCCACCUAUACAGGGUUGGAGGCAUCGAUUCCAAAUCGGCAAGAAAACUGGAGUGUCUGUCAUGUGAUAUGGGCGACCAAUGCCUUUAUGUUAGCGCACAGUUUUCAAGAACAGGAAACUACUAUGUACUACAGUGUCUAGGACCUGGUGUGCCUACCUAUUGGCUGAAGAGUGCAUCUGAUCCAAAAUACAGUCAGUGUUUGGAAAGCAACCAGGCCUUUAAGACCAGGAUGUCAGUGAAAGCCACACCCAGAAUAGAAUAUUUAGAGAUCGGUGUCAAAGAUGAGAAGACGGACAAAAUUCAGCACAGAAUGUGGGCAAGAGUAGAGCUUCCUCCGAGACUAAAGAAGUCAGAAGUUAUAAAGUAUCCAAUACUUAUUGAUGUGUAUGGGGGGCCAGGAGGUCAGAAGGCCACAUAUCAGUACAAUGUGGGCUGGUCCACCUACAUGACAAGCUCCAAGGAUGUGAUAUAUGCCUAUAUUGAUGGGCGGGGCUCUGGUAACCGUGGUGACAAGUACCUGCACUCUAUCUACAAACAGCUGGGUACUGUAGAGGUGGCGGACCAGGUGACAGGGGCAAGAGCCCUUGUGAAUGAUUUGUCAUAUAUAGAUGAAUUCAAGGUCUCCAUCUGGGGCUGGUCCUAUGGUGGUUUUGUCAGUGCCCAUGCUCUAGCUGAGGGGACUGAUGUGUUCCAGUGUGGAAUAGCAGUAGCACCUGUCACAGACUGGAGAUAUUAUGACACGAUAUACUCAGAACGCUACAUGGGGAGGCCCACUGAUGCUGAUAAUAUCAUUGGAUAUCAGAGAGCCAAUUUAUCAGCCAAAGCAAAUAAAUUUAGAAAAGUUAGCCUGUUCCUUAUUCAUGGUACAGCAGAUGAAAACGUUCAUUUCCAAAAUACUGCCCAGUUUGCCAAAGCUCUCACUGAAGCAGGGGCUGAUUUCAGGACACAGUUUUACACUGAUGAGACUCAUUCCCUGAGAGAUCCUGAUGCCAAAAUUCAUCUGUACAAAACCAUGGCAGACUAUCUCUGGGAUUGUUACAAUGGCACCACUGUGCAUGGGAUGGCCAUAAGAAAGGUGGCACCACCAGAGCCAGAAGUGGAAUAAAGUAUAAAUGGCGCCACAUCAAUACCUACCCAAUAUGUGUCUUCUCUAAAACAUCACUCAAGCACAAUAUUUUAACUGCCUGUUCUCUAGGUCAAAAGCUCAAUUCUUCACAGAAAGUCCUAGAGACUGACAGGAGGGAGAGGUGUUUUACCACUGAUUACACCUCUUACAUUCAGUUCUUUUUUUAAUUAUUAAGUGCUGGCACCAUUUGCUAUGUUGUUUCACUUAUGUGUUACAAAAAAUUACCAGCCAUGUAAUUAAAUCACUCAUAAUGUGCUACCUUAAAAACCAGGCUGUGUGUUGUAAUACGACUGGACUACUCACAGCCAGGCAAAAGACCUCAUGCACAGGGUUUUAAAAAUUCACAUCAGUAACAUUACAGGAGUUAAAUCAUCAAUUGGUUCCUAUUGAACAAUAGACGUGUGAUCACAAUCGUAGAAUACAUUGUACAAGCAAAACGUGUGAUCACAGUCAUAGGAUACAAGCAUUAAUAUAAAGUGUUUGAUGUUUUUACCUGUUAAGUAAAGGGUGUCACCAAUUACUUUGAUCACAAGCAGUGGUAAUUAACAGUGUGGUAUUGUCUGCAUGCUCACUGAAUUUGUGGUCGCUACAAUGGGAAUAUCUCUCAAGUAAAGUCCGAUUUGUGGAGGAGGAAUCUCAAUG